CAUACACACACAGACACAUUACAACAUGCAACAACUUCUCCAUACAUACUAUACGGCACAAACGCAUUUUUAAUCAUAAUUUCCCAGCAUUAUAAAUAAAAUAUAUUUAAGACAUAACAUCUUUUGAAGCCAGUAAUUUGAAUAUAUGAGUCGUACUUUAUAUGCAGUGGGUAUUGUUUGCAGAGUGCGAUGUACAGACUAGCGACCAAAAUAGACGCGCUGAUAGCGACUCGGCUGUAAAUCUCAUCGGAAUAAUAAUACAAUUGUUGUAUUAUAUAUCCACGAAUUUCACAAGCAGAUAUUUACUUAUUUAACAAAUAGAUGUUAUUUCUUAUUUAUAAACUAUUUUCAUAUUUUUUAAUUGUCCAGCAAUAUUUCGUAAAAUAAAACGGUUAUAUUUGUUACAAAAAAGCAUACAAGUGAUGUCCAUUAGAGCGUAAUGUCGUUCCCCUCUCGUGUGACAAGUGACAGCUUACUGCUCUCUGCAAUUUGUGUGCUCUUCACAUCUCAGAGACGAUGAUGAUGAUGUUUCAAUGUGGUGCGGUACACAGCAUUACGAAUACAUUUAUAGUAAGUGUCACACGGUAUGUAUAGUUGCUGACAUUUGCUUGGCACGUCGGGAACGAGAUUACUCUCUUGCCGCAUGUGCCAUCUCAAAAGUCGCUCUAUAAUAACCGUUCUCACUAUUUUAUUUAUUAAUUCCUCAUACAAUGUAAUUAAAACAUUAAUGGUAGAAUUUGCUAUUAAUUGAUAAAUGUAAAUGUUGCUUAUAUCUCUUUGAAGAUCCAUACAAAAGUUCUGAAUGCCAUCGAGUCCCUGUUAAUUAGGUUUUAUUGGCCAAGUUUGAAAAUAUGUACUCGGCAAAAUACAUUAAAAUAGUUAACGAAUUGAAUCUUGAAUAUUCAAUAUCAAAUAUUCUAAAGUGAUUUUCUUGAAAGUGCGCGAUUAAUUUGUAAUGCCAUUUACUGGCAUGCACUCGUAAAAUUGAGCCUAUUGACUUUAUAUAACCAGCACAUUGCGGCCGGCGCGCGUUGCGGUGCGGUGUGUUGUGCGGUGCAGUUUCGCAGUUACAGGUCAGCUCGGCUGCCCAGCACCAGCUCCGAUAUGCUAUAACUAAUGACAACCGCCCGUGGAAUGUCGGGGGCGAUGACAACGGCGAUUGCAUUGGUGGUGGCGUUGUUGUGUCUGGCGGAGCACGCGCGGGGCACGGUGAGCUGCCGCACUGCAUGCGCCCAGUGCGCAGCGCGCACCGAGCAUCAGGCGCUGCUGGAGGUGUACUGCGCCAUGUGCCACGAGUGUCGCGAGCGCCGGCGCGCCUGGAGGCACUUCGCGCCGCGGAGACGAAAGUCACCCAACCUCAAGCCCAAUCAUAGAGCCAAUUCUGCAGAUGGUAGAAUUUCCGGACGAGUCCCCGGACGGGCCGCCGGGUGGACCGCCAGAGGGGCCGCCGGAGGAGCCGCGCUGCCCAGAGCCGCCGCCCUGCGACUCGGAACAGCUGGAUGGCCCCCCGGACAUGCUCAUGCCGACGACGCCGGAACAGGGGCCGCCCGCCUCGCUACCCCCGGCCCCGUUCCCGGCGCCCGCGCAACCGUCCGCGGGGCCCGCGCCCUGCUGUCUUCCCAUGUGUCCCUACGCGCAGCCCUACGCGCCACCCUGCACCGCGGACAACUCGCCACAGAAGAUGACGUUACCGGAACCGACCACGGCCGCGCCUACUGAGUACUUCUACAUACACGUCGGUGUUCCCAAAGAUAUUAUAAACAACAUGUAAAAUGUACAUAUUAUGUUAUUUGCAUAUGAUCUAUUGUUUUGAACAUUCAAGUUAAGUCAAAGUAGGUUAAGUUUAUUUAAUAAAUAUAAUUGUA